GAGAGAGAGAGAGAGAGAGUGUCUAAGGAGUGAUGUUUAUUCUGUUUCGCACGUUUAUUUAAAUGAAAAAACAAUAAUAAUAAUUUCCAUAGCAGGGGAUGCCUUCUAAUAGGUAGACUAACUAAGGCACUAUAAACUCUCAUAAUCAAAAUACACGUAAACACAGAGUUUGAGCAGCUAGGGGCUAUAAACCUAUAUGGGUUUCUCGGUACCAGCGUUUGUGGCGCUUUCACUGAGUGACAGAGCCAGGAUUGGAACUAAGUGGUGCCCAAGAUCUAUAGAGAGAAGAUCUUGCUCUAGACUAACUUCACAUUACAGAUUACUUGAAGUUGCAAGGAUGAAAAUUUCAACAUUUAAUAAAAAUGAUUCUGUAUUGUUGGUUGGAGAAGGCAAUUUCUCAUUUUCUGUAACAUUAUUGCAACAUGAUUUAAAUAUUAAACUUAUUGCUACCUGCUACGAACGUAGCGUGAGUCAAGAUGCGCAAAGAAAUAUAGAAUAUCUUCAAAACAAUGGUAUUUGUGUAUUGCUUGAUGUGGAUGCUACAAAAUUGGAAGAACAUUCUUUAUUAAAAUCUAAAUUGUUUGACAAAAUCAUUUUUAACUUUCCUCACGUUGGUGGUAAAAUGAGAAUAGAGAAAAAUAGGAACUUGCUAAGAAACUUUUUCAUUUCAUCUGAAAGAAUGAUCAAAGAAAAUGGUCAGAUAUUGGUGACAUUAUGCAAUGGUCAAGGUGGAACACCUAUGGAUAAGCCUGAAAGGCAUUGGAAUGAUUCCUGGAAAAUUGUAGAAAUGGCUGCACAUGGAAAUUUCAUAUUGACGAGAGUAGAACCCUUUUUAUGGCAAUCUUUCCAAAAUUAUAUUGUAACAGGUUAUCGUAGUUUAGAAAAACAAUUUUAUAUUGCAGGCUCAUUAGUACAUUUUUUUACAAAGAGAAAGCCGCCUACAAUACACAAUAUUACACCUAGUUGCAAAAUAAAUGUCUCUCAAUACGAUACAGAUAAUAUUACAUGGAAAGAAGUAACAAAGAAUAUUCAGAAUACAGCAGAUUACAAUGUCAAGUGAUCUAUUAUUAAUAAUGUUGAUUUCAUCGAUUGCUAUUUGUCUCCUGACAAAAAGAUAAAGAGGACAUACAGAAUAAAUUAUAAAUCAAAU